AUGUGGCUUCCUCUAUGGUUGCUAUGUGGGUGUCUUUGGUUGCUAAGCAGUACGGAAGUUUGGGCGGCUACUUUCAAACUGGCUCUGAUUGGCCCAUGGUCAUGUGACCCCAUGUUCUCUCGGGCAAUGCCCACGGCAGCAGCUAACCUGGCGCUGUCACGGCUACGCAGCGACAGAAGCCUGAGCAGAGGCUACUGGUACGAUGUGAAACUGCUGGAUGAAGACUGCUCCACCUCCAAAGCUCUGACAGAACUUGGAGAGAUGGAGGGUUAUGGCCACGCCUACAUUGGACCAUUUAACCCCGCCCUCUGUCACACGGCAUCCUUAUUGGCUCAGCACUGGGAGGUGGGGCUUGCAUCUCCCGGCUGUCUAGAUGCUAAUUGGCAGAACCUGCCGCCCAUCACUCCUCCCAGCAGGGUUCUGUUCACCGUGCUCAAGUUCUUCCAAUGGGCGCAUGUCGGGAUUAUCUCAGCCCCAUCCAACCUAUGGGAGAGCACUGGGCAGGAAGUGGCCUCUGCGCUCCGUGCCAUGGGCCUCCCGAUUGGCCCAGUGGUUACCAUGGAAACGAGGAACAAAGUCGGAGCUCGGGAGGCAUUGAAAGUGAUCAAAGAGACCGACAAGGUCAAAGUUGUGAUCAUGUGCAUGAGCUCUCUUCUGAUUGGAGGAGAGGAUCAGAGAGAGCUCCUAUUGGCUGCUCUGGACAUGGGGAUGGUUUCUGAUGGUUAUGUGUUUAUACCGUAUGACACUCUGCUGUACGCCAUGCCGUACCAGGACACAGUGUUCCCUCAGCUGACCAACAGCACGCAGCUUCGUCACGCCUACAGCUCCGUUCUGACUGUUACUAUGGCGUCCGACCAGAGUUUCUACGAAGCUUUUCGUCAGGCUCAAAUCAGCCGAGAGAUCCGGUCAGCUGUCGCUGCAACAGAGGUUUCUCCAAUGUUCGGAACUAUCUUCAACAUGGUGUAUUUCGUUGCUAAGGCGGUGGAGGAGCGUCGUCAGGCAGGAGGUGGGCACUGGGUGAUGGGUGACCACCUCAUCCAAUCAGAUGGAGGCUUUGAUUUCCAAGGCUUUAAUCAGGUUUUAUAUGGAGGUAAAAAGGGGCGUGGCCUGCAGGCCAGGUACGUGGUGUUGGACAGCGAUGGCGAUCGACUUGUGCCGACACAUUCGCUCGCUCCGACUCACACAGACGUGAUGGUCGGAGGUCUGAGACCCCUGAGCCGCUCGUUCAUCUUCCCCGGAGGAAAACCCCCCAAAGCCAGUUUUUGUUGGUUCAGUCCAGAGGAGACGUGCAGCGGCGGUCUCGACACGGUGACGAUGAUCUUCAUCUUCCUGUUGCUCUGUGCUCUGAUUGGAGCAUUUUUCUUCUGGAUCAGGAAGUACAGGAGAUCAACAAAUGUCACCAAACUGAUCCUGACUCUGGAAGACAUCGUCUUCAUCGACACUCAAGUCAGCAGGAAGAAACUGAACGACGAGUCGAUCAUGAGGAGUCUUCUGGAAAUUAAAACUCCGUUUCGCUCGAUCGCUCGAAGUUACAUCCUGACGUCAGCUGAGAGUUCCAACAUCGGAAUACUGGAGGGCGACUGGGUUUGGAUGAAAAAGAUUCCUGCUGGAAAGACGAUGACGGCUGUCAAUCAAAACACCCAGAGUCUGUUUAAUCAUUUACGGGAGAUGAGACAUGAGAACCUGAACUUAUAUCUUGGACUCUUUCUGGACUCUGGGAUCUUCGCUCUCGUUGUUGAACAUUGUCCUCGAGGAAGUUUGGCUGAUCUGCUCGCCGAGGCCACCAUGAGGCUGGACUGGAUGUUCAAGUCCUCGCUGCUUAUGGACCUGAUCAAGGGUAUGAAGUAUCUUCAUCUACGAGGUUUGAGUCACGGUCGACUGAAGUCGACAAACUGUUUAGUUGAUGGACGUUUUGUUCUGAAAAUCACUGAUUACGGACUUCCCAUGAUCCUUCACUCUCAGAGCCUCAGUCUCUCUGAGGAUCCACAAGAGCUGCUGUGGUCCGCCCCGGAGCUUCUGAGGAACUCGGUCCGUGGAGGUUCAUUUGCCGGAGAUGUUUUCAGUUUCUCUAUCAUCAUACAGGAAGUGAUCUCACGCACGUUGCCGUAUGCCAUGAUGGACAUGCCCGCCCACGAGAUCGUGGAGCGUAUAAAGACGCCCCCCCCACUCUUCAGGCCGGUGGUCUCAGUGGACGAAGCUCCGAGCGAAUGUCUGAGUCUGAUGAACGAAUGUUGGAAUGAAGAUCCGAGUAAGAGGCCGAGCUUCGACGAAAUUUUCAAACAGUUUCGAGGCAUAAAUCGAGGGAAGCGUGCGAAUAUCAUCGACUCCAUGUUGCGGAUGUUGGAGCAGUACAGUUCAAACCUGGAGGAUCUGAUCAGAGAACGAACAGACGAGCUGGAGGUCGAGAGGAGCAAGACGGAGAAACUGAUCGGACAACUUCUGCCCAAAUCAGUGGCUCAAGCUCUGAAAAAAGGGAAACCCGUUCGACCGGAACAUUAUUCAGAUUCAACUCUUUACUUCAGUGACAUCGUUGGAUUUACAACCAUCUCAGCUCUCAGCGAGCCAAUCGAGGUGGUUGACCUCCUGAAUGACCUCUACACCAUAUUUGAUGCCAUCAUUGCGACUCAUGAUGUUUACAAGGUGGAAACGAUCGGAGACGCCUACAUGGUGGCGUCAGGCGUCCCAAACAGGAAUGGAACCCGACAUGCGGCUGAAGUGGCCAACAUGUCUCUGGACAUCCUGCACUCGAUCGCAGCCUUUAAGAUCAAACACAUGCCUGAGAUCAAAGUGAAGAUACGCAUUGGCCUACACUCAGGUCCACUCGUAGCUGGUGUGGUUGGACUCAUGAUGCCCAGGUAUUGUCUGUUUGGAGACACAGUGACCUUAGCAUCACACAUGGAAGCCACUGGACUGCCCUAUAGGAUCCACAUCAGUGUGAGCACGAUGAAGAUUCUGACCAGCCUCAAACUGGGAUAUCACUUCGAAACCAGGAAAGCUCAGGUGAAGGGCUCAGAGGACACCUAUUGGCUAAUUGGGCAAGAUGGUUUCACUAAACCUCUUCCUGUUCCUCCAGAUUUGAUCGGAGGGGCCAGUAACCAUGGUAUCAGUCUUGAUGAGAUUCCAGUUGAGAGACGUCAAAAAUUUCUGGACCGACAGAAGAUAAAGAAAUAA